AUGGACUUUCUAGACAACUUUACCACUCCAAGCUUCACUGUCACCCUGCCAAACACGACGGUUGUGAAUAUCACAUCAGAUGGAGAAUCAGAAUCACCUACUCCACCACCCUCAGAACAUCCGCAGACCAACAACUACACCACAGACGAUUCUCUGAAGACCGUUUCACAAUCAAGCACAAAUAAUAUGAUCAAAAGCACAACUACUAGCAAAGAAACCACUUAUAUAAUUAUCUUUAUCAUUGCUGUUCUGUGCCUCUCUGGGGUAGUAGUUUAUUAUUGCCUUAAAAAGAAAUCCAGGAAGUACUCUGUGGACUAUCAUCCCAAACAAGAAGAUGCUCAGAUCCCACUCAGCACAGUGGAUGUAGAGGUGUUUGACACCACAUCAGUCAAAGCUUAUAUAAUUAUCUUUAUCAUUGCUGUUCUGUGCCUCUCUGGGGUAGUAGUUUAUUAUUGCCUUAAAAAGAAAUCCAGGAAGUACUCUGUGGACUAUCAUCCCAAACAAGAAGAUGCUCAGAUCCCACUCAGCACAGUGGAUGUAGAGGUGUUUGACACCACAUCAGUCAAAGAUAUGCAAACAUUCACUCCUGUCGAGUCCACCGAACCUGCGCCUGUGAAAGAAUCUGAGAAGCCUGAGAGAGGGAAAGAAUCAGCUGAUGUUAAACAAGAAAACCAACACAAUUUAUCCAGCACUCAGGUCACAGAGAACCCAAAGGAUAAAAUGGAGGUGCUGACCGUAGUGGAUCUGACUGAUGGAGAACCGACGAUCUCCACCAAAACCUCAAUGGAAUCCCUAGAUGAUGUUCUCAAUGAAAACAACAGCAACAAUACAAGAGUUGAAGUCAAGGGCAAUGGGUAUGAUUUCACUGAAAUCUCUAUUGAUGCUUUACUUCUAAAAUAAAUCAGGUUCUUCCCAGCAUUUUACACUGAUCUCUGAACCUGACUGAUGGGUUUUUUAAACUGGAAGUAACAGCUGAACUAAAUUGUACACUAUGUGAGUCAUUGUUAGAACAACGUUGUUUGAAUAUACAUACAGCACUAAGAAAAGUCUGUAAAAACAGGGCCCCAGUGUAUUGUGUUAAUGUAAAGGAAUUUUCUGUAUAAAUUCUCACUAGUGUUUCACUCAUAUUUUAAAAUGCAUUGUGUUGUUUUAUGGUUAAA